GCGAGAGUGGAUGGGAAACGUAUUAAGGGAAAUCCAUGACUUCCCUCUGUAUCAUGAAGCGAAUAAAAAGUCCACUGCUGCUGGACUCGGCAAACGUUGAAGAGACACAGCGAGGAAUACAACACAACCUCUCACAGUGGACUAAUUUGAAACGCGGGUCUCUAGCACUCGUGGAGUCUUCAGGCAUUUUGACAAAUAACCACCGUGCGAAUAGGCUAAUUCAAUACGUUAAUACCUCACAUUUCGCCGGGACGUUUUGGAUUGCCUUUUGAUCGCCUCAAUAGAACUUUUCUCCGCACUCUGACUUGUGCAGUAUGUCAUCCUCAUCGGACGUGGAGAGUCUGGUCUCUACUCUGCGCCACCGCAACAGGUGCGUGUACGUCUGCCUGACCUGCUUGACAGUUGGGCUGAUUGCAACGUCGGUCUGUGGAGCGGCGGUGAUUGCGCUCUUCUGGGGAGACGUACAGAAGCAGAUCGCGUCGCUGAAGCAGGCGCAGACCAGUACGUCGUUGCUCACCUCGGCUCCCGAAGCAAACAGCUUUAAGUCGGGACAUUUGGCCUACCUGAGCGCUAACCAAGUCAAAGUCCACAACCACACUUUGAAGUGGGCGCCAAUUACUCACGGCAGGAGCUCUUCCAUUGGCUCUAAUUUCCUCUACCACCAAACCCUUGGGAUUUUAACUGUCAAAAGCGCGGGAAGCUACUUCGUAUAUGUCAACCUCCGUUUCACACCCACCGACGCUGGCUGUGCCAGCAACCGGGUCCAAGUGACACUCAGGUCGAAGGGCAAGGCACUCUUCACCUGCUCAGUGGACCUGCCCGAAUGCGAGGACCGCACACCAGCACCCGUGACGAAGAAAUGUUGGAGCAUGGUCCACUUGGAGGGGAAAAGCCUAGUGACCGCGGAUAUGCAUGUAGCGAAAGACACCGCGUGUGGAUGGAAACUCGCACUUGGGCCUACAGACAAUGACUCCGGCUUCGGAAUGUUCCUCGUGGACAGCUCGUGAGGCCAUCCACACACCCUGCUGUGCUGACCACUACCCCGAAAGGACUCAAAACGGGUCUCGAGCCUAAUGGAGACUUCAGCGAGCGUUUCCCCCGUCAACCUCAGGUCACUGCAUGCAUGGACAGAUGUGGCCAAUUUUUUUUAAGCACUCAAUUGUUAUUUAUAUUUUUGUCCAGCGUUUUGUUAUUUAUUUAAAGUCAUACAGAGUAUUUUGUACAGUAUUUUGAGAAGAGGCUAGAUGCUAUAUGAUGUACUAUUUUACAAUGAUAUGCAUAUAAGUAGGCUGCACUACGUUCAUGAGGACACCUUGUAUUUUACAAACUGUUAACCGUUCAAGCUAAAGAGGAGAUCUGUAUUCAUUGAUCACGCAUCAAGUGAU